AUGGCUCGACGUUUUUCUUUCGUAUUCCUUCUCAUUGCUUUGGCUUUAGCCGGUGGAAGUUACGCCGCCGAUUCAUCUUCACCUUCACCACCGACGACGACGUCAAACACCACUGAAAAAUCUCCUCCCACGAUGCCUCCCGCCGGGAAAAACUCCACGUACGUUCAAGAUUACUCUGAUUACGAUGUCCCCAUAGAUCUAGCGCCGGCAGGAGUCGAAGUCGUGGAAGAUUACGCGCCGGUUUCUGUUAAAGGAGCUGAUGAGCUUGCGCAACCAGAAGAAGAUUUAACUGGAUUAUUUUUGUUUUGA